AGCCAUGGAUUAAACCCACUCUGUACAUCUGCGGCUAAAUGAAUAUUUAAAAGUAUUUAAUUUGAAGUCUGUCUUUUGUCUUCGUCUCCUGUCGGAGAUCGUUCCGUUCUUCAUUAUGUGGGACCAUGAAAUCAGAGCCAUGGCGUCCACUCACGCCAUUAUCGCCGCCUCGGUGUUCAUGGCGACCGUUCUACCUGCGGCGCUCGUGCCCGGCUUCUCGGUGUACAGCACUCACCUGCUGUGGCUCUACUCGGUGUCCGGGGCGGUCACCGUGGUCAGUAUCGCCGUCUUCUGGCUGCUCGGCAUCACACCGCCCACCAAGAAGCACACCGUGGGAUACAAGCUGUCGAGGUUGUUUCGUUCCUGCCUGUACUUCUUCCUGUCGUGCCUUUUCUUCCACGCUGUGGUUGUUCUCUAUGGAGCUCCGCUGAUUGAAUGCGCCUUUGAUACAUUCUCCCUUGCUGUGCUGCUGACCUCUUUAACCACCCUGAGGUGUCUCUGUGUCCUCGGCCCCAACGUCCAGGCCUGGAUACGAGUAUUCAGCCGGCACGGAGCGAUGUCUGUGUGGGACACCUGUCUACAGAUUACAGUGGCCUGCACAUUGGUAGGAGCCUGGGUGGGAGCCUUUCCUAUACCUCUGGACUGGGACAUGCCGUGGCAGGUUUGGCCUGUGUCCUGCAGCCUGGGCGCUACCAUCGGCUUCCUGACCGGCCUUGUUGCAGCUCCUGCGUGGAUCCACUAUCAUCGCAAACAGCUCACGUACAAGUGCAAGUGAUGGAGAGACGCAUUCCUGUGUUUGUGGCCACGAGGGUGUUUCUCGUAUUCCUGCUGUAUUUCUUUAACUUUGUACUGAUUAUUUAUUGGGAGCAUUCACUCCUCUUGCUGCCUGUUUGAAAGAGAGUUUUGUAAUAACACAAGACGUUAUGAGCAGGAUGUGCGCAUGGAGGCUGAAUAUGUUCUCUGAAGAGUAUUGACAUGAAUGAAGCAAUACUUCUCUCCUCCUGGAAUUUUGGGAAUAAAAGGUUAGAAAUGUU